CUUCCACGAGCCAACCAGCCGAGCGCACACGAACAGCGGUUCUUGCUUGUCCUUGGGCGUAUCCCCGUCAACUCAGUGCUUUCGCUGCUGGAUCUCCGCGUCACUGCGUUACAACGAUUUUCGCUCUAAUAAAAUAUAAACUCAAAUAUCGGUAUCGAGCCCAAUACAAUCUCAAAUGGGAGAACCGGCUAAAGGACAACCUUCUCAACAAUCAUUUCAAGGCCAAAUGCCCACUGCUAGUGCUUAUUGUACCAAUAGACCGGAACACCUUAAAGGUAUUCAGAAGCACUUAGUGUAUAUGUUGCAUGCGCAUAAAUGCAAAACCAAACUUAGGACUGACGAGCAUAGACAAUGUGGCUUAUCAAAUUGCUUAAUGAUUAGAAAUUUGUUAACUCACAUGACGAUGUGUCAACUUGGCAACAACUGCACAGUGCCUAAUUGCAAAAUAUCGAGACAGAUUAUUAAUCAUUGGAGACACUGUAUUAACAAUAACUGUGUGAUUUGCGAACCAAUAAGACAGGGAGCUAGACAAGCCAAUCCACAAAAUCCUCACACACAUUUCAAACAGAAUGAGUUUGAAUCUAGUCUGAUAGAUGUACAGAAUAUAUUGGAAAACUUGCAGCUUUCAAGUGACCUUCAACAUAGUCAAGUCACAGCAACACCCAUGCAAGGAACACAGUAAUAACAUCAGUCUGUCACUCCAGAUCUCAGGGAAUCAUCUAGUUCAUAAAUUGUCUAAGCAAUGUUCCUCACUCCGGAUCCACAAACUAUGCUCGACAAAAGAAUUGUGCAACUUUGUUACGUACGCAAGAAAGAUGGAGAGCGAAUUGUACGGAUGGCUAAUUUGCGAUGGGAAUAUGAUCAUCUUUUGACCGAAAAGAUCUAUAUAAUAUAAAAGGAAAUACUUUAAACACUUUAAAAACAUGUUUUUUACUUAUAUGUAAUUUUUACAAUCUUACAAUUUUUAUUUCUUAUUCUUUUUUCUUCUUUUUUAUCGUUUUCUAAUGUGAAAUACGCAUGUUAAAGUUUAUUAAUUCUCAUAAAUAACAUACCGUUUUUUUAUUUUAUUUUAUUUUUCUUAUAUUAUUGCUUACAUGUGAUUUCUUUUGAUUAUAACAAUUAAAACUGAGAUUCAUCUUGGGCUCUGUGUGAAGUCUUUAAACCAAUAAAUGAAUUCUUUUGAUUAUGUUGUAUUUUAUUUAUUAUUAUUUUGAGUUUUAGUUUUAUUUUAUGCUUUAAUCUGUAUGAUUUGGAAGCAUAGUGUUAUAGUAAUUUCUUUAUUAGACGAAAAACGCCAGAAACGGAAAGAACAGCAAUUUACAAGUUCAACAGCAAUAGCCGCAACCGACAGACGCAUCCCGGAUUGAGGCCACGCACACCUCCUAAUGUCGGAGCCGUUAUUUCAGGAACAUCAAAACCAGUUGGAGCAGUACCGCCUGCACUCUCCGAAGUCAUUCACCGAUCAUAAAUCAACUAGGGACAAUACCUGCAAUGGCCAUCCAACAACGUAACAGAAUGCAGUUCCCUCAACAACAACAACAAGCUCAACAACAAUAAAUUCAAGCUCAACAGCAGAUACAGCAGCAACACCAACAGCAACAACAGGGAAUUCCUGGUUGGUCCUCCCGAUCUCAGUCUGAAUGGACAAUUCACGUCGAAUGUCAAUAUGGGGCCAAAUCUUGUACUCAACUCCUCUCGGACAACCUCAGAUGUCUCAAGCUAAUCAUAAAGAGAUGUCUUCAUGGAGAAGCACUGGAAGAGCGCGGUCGCGCGUUCGCUAUGCGACUACUUCUUUGACCAACAGCGAAGAGUUCUGUCCCCAGAAGACACCCCACCGGUGAUAGCUACUCCACAUCAUUACCUCAUUAGCAUAUAUCGUUGCAGUAUGUUUUUUGUAGCAGUAUGUACGACAGAAGUUCCUCCGUUAUUCGUCAUUGAAUUCUUGCACAGAGUGGUUGAUACCUUUGAAGAUUAUUUCAGCGAAUGUACGGAAACAAUCAUAAAAGAAAAUUACGUGGUUGUGUAUGAAUUACUGGAUGAGAUGUUGGAUAACGGUUUUCCUCUAGCUACGGAAUCCAACAUACUGAAAGAAUUGAUCAAACCUCCCAACAUCUUGCGUACCAUAGCGAAUACCGUUACAGGCAAAUCCAACGUUAGCGCGAUCCUACCUAGCGGACAAUUGUCAAAUGUUCCAUGGAGACGAACCGGAGUGAAGUAUACCAACAACGAAGCUUACUUCGACGUUGUUGAAGAAGUGGACGCUAUUAUUGAUCGAACCGGAGCGACCGUGUUCGCGGAAAUCCAAGGCUAUAUCGACUGUUGCAUAAAGUUAAGCGGCAUGCCAGAUCUCACGCUUUCGUUCAUGAAUCCAAGAUUGUUUGACGACGUUAGUUUUCAUCCGUGCGUUCGAUUCAAAAGAUGGGAGUCGGAAAGAAUACUUUCUUUUAUUCCACCCGAUGGCAAUUUUCGCCUUCUUUCGUAUCACAUAGGAUCGCAAAGUAUUGUAGCGAUUCCGAUAUACGUGAGACACAACAUAAGUUUGAAAGAACCAGGAGGUGGUAGAUUGGAUAUAACGGUUGGACCGAAACAAACUAUCGGCAGAACGGUUGAAAACGUGACUCUUGAAAUUCCGAUGCCAAAGAUAGUUUUAAAUUGCACUUUGACUCCGAAUCAAGGAAAAUAUUCGUUCGACCCGGUCAGUAAGAUAUUACUAUGGGAUAUCGGAAGAAUCGAUGUUUCCAAGUUGCCGAAUCUUCGAGGAUCGAUCACGAUACAAAACUCGGCACUCGUUACCGAAUCAAAUCCAGCAAUCAACGUACAUUUUACGAUAAACCAAUUGGCGGUGUCCGGAUUGAAGGUGAAUCGUUUGGAUAUGUACGGCGAAAGAUACAAGCCGUUCAAAGGUGUGAAAUAUAUAACAAAAGCUGGGAAAUUUCAAAUAAGAAUGUAAAUAUAUUUACA